CCACCGGAUGCUCGCUGCUGUGCCACUAGCCUUACUCACUUCCGGUGCGGGAGUUACUCUUCAAUGCCGGAGCCACAAACAAAACAAUAAUAAAUACAUGUUUGAAUUUAGGCUUACAAUGUGUGCUGUCUAUUACACACAGUAUCAAAUCAUGAAUUAAAAAAAUAUUCCAGAAGAACUGAACGGAAUAUGGACAACGGACUCUCGAAGGGAAUGAGACCCAGAGAGCUCCCGCCUCUGCCCCAGCGAGGACAAAGGGCUCUUCCCACAGUGCCAAGUGAAGAUGCAGCUGUGCCAAAGCACAAGAAGAAGAGGAUGAAAAACCAGGCUACCGAAGCAGUUGACACAGACGAUCAGCGAAUGGAGAUGGAUGAUCGAGGCAGCAGAAUGACUUCUCAGCUUGGCGACAAUCUUUCACUUGAAAUGACAACAAAUGCACACCCUCAGAGGAAGAAAAAGAAGAAAAAGACAGCAACUAUAGAUGACCAAGCUGACCUUGUGAAUGGGGACACAAUGGAUCAGACCACUGAUGAAGAACUAGUUAAAAAAAGCAAAAAGAAGAAGAAGUCGAAAGUUGUGGAAUCGUCACUUCCUGAUGAACUGGAUGUAGAGGAGGAUGACAUCAUCACAGAUAUGGCGUCUCAUCUGCCACAACAUUCCCUGUUCUCUGCCCCACAAGGACAGAGUCAGCCAGUCGGAAAGGUUUUCAUAGAGCGCAACAAGCGCUUCCAGGCAGCAGAGCGGUCAAACUGGAGGAAGACCAGUGACCAGAUGGAAAACCUCAAUGACUUCCAGGAGAUGCAGACUCGCUGGACCACCAGAGAUGUUUCUCUCAGGGUGCACGAGGGCUUCAGGAUUUUCGCUCUUUACUGUCACGGCUUCCUGGCCGGAUUUGCAGUGUGGAACAUAGUUGUGGUGUUCGUGUUAGCUGGCCAGCACCUCACAGCUUUGUCCAACUUCCUGGAGCAAUACAACUGCUUGGCUUACCCAUCACAGUGUCUGCUUUACAUGCUGCUGACCAUCAGCACCGUGGCUGCUUUUGACAGAGUAAACCUGGCCAAGAGGCCCAUGGCGGUGCAGCAGUUGAUCACACUGGAACCAGUGGCUCUUGCCUCAUUUUUGUAUUUCUUAGCGUUGGUGCUCUCCCUCAGCCAACAGAUGACAAGCGAUCUCAUAAACUUCUACCCAGAGACCAAUACGACAUUAUGGUUAUCGGGGUCUGAGCAUCAAAUUCUCCACUCUUGGGUGAGAGUCAACCUUGUGGUGGCGCUGUUGGUGGGGCUGGCCUGGAUCUUCAUCGCCAUCCGACCUGAGAGGGACUAUACUGAAAGUUAUCUUAUUGCCAUGCAAAUUGAGCCCCAUCAGAAAGAUGACAAAUCAGAAAUGAGCACCUAACGAUCACAGACUGAUAAUAUGCGACUCUCAUUCUUGCACGUUUUUGCUCUGUAUUUAUACAAAACUGAAUUUAUUGUAUAUAUUUUUGUAACCUUUAUUUGUAAAUGUGCUUGUCAUUUGAAUAUACUGUACAAUUUCAUCAAUUAAAGUUUUUGCAUUCAAGGAAUAGAAUGAAGUAAUAUACAGUGGAUUUGACAAUGUUAAAAAUAAGAUUAAGGGGGAAAACAUUACAAAACUUUAUUCCCCAAAAAUGGGACCUAUGCAACUAAAUUGAAUUUUAAAAAUCUUGUGGUGAGUUCAAGUAAAAAUAACAGAUAAUGUGAUUGCAGAGGUCUGCAUAUGCGCUGAAAAUUGGGGAUGGGAGUGUGUUCAGAAUUAACUCAUCACAUUAAAACUCGUGUUCAAUAUGGUUCAACGCACACCUC